AUGGCACGACCAGGCGGCUUUUCUCGCGUCAUAGACGUGGAAACAGGCCCACAGGGCGCUCUCGAGACAGACGAAUCCCACUUGCACACCAUUGACUCGAUCAUUGACUCCCCGAAUGCCGAGCUAGCAAAAUGCAUCCUCACAUGGGUCGUCUCGGCACCACGACCACUCGCCGUGGACGAACUCACAGAAGCAGUCAGCCUGGAUAUCGGCCAAACUCUAACAUCAUCGCCGCUCUCACAACAACUAGAGAGAAUUACCGGACCACUUAUCGUCGUUGACGGCCAGUCUCGAGUCCGCAUUACUCACGAAACGACCUCGGCCUUCCUAACUCAACCACGCAUCGACGGCGUGUCCUGGAUCGAUCGUCCCACUGCACACGCUAGAGUCGCCGAACUUUGUCUGGAGAUACUCUGCGGGGACCAGUUUGCGCCGCCAAAGCAUCAGCGAGGAGGAGUUAAUAGCGACAACACGCCUGCUUCCCCCUUGUCGAUCUACGCAGCCGCCCAUUUCUCACACCACCUAGCCCGCAGCUCGUUGACCGCCAACGGUCACAUGUCUCUACUCGACAAGUUCCUUCGGACCAAUGUCCUGACAUGGAUCGAAAAGCUCGCUCAAUCGGGCGACCUCUCCGGCCUGCUAGAGGGGGCUCGCGGGAUAGAGACCUAUCUUACGCAGCGCAACAACUGCCAUACCGUGGGGGAUGAAGCCCAAGCUGAGACGGCCAGGGUGUGGGUGACUGAGAUCCACCGUCUCGUCGCCGUUUUUCACUCGGCCAUUCUCGCCAUGCCGUCGUCGGUACACUUUCUACUACCACAGCUUUGCCCCCGAGGCUCCAUCACUAGGAAGCUCUUUGGCACACCCACCGAAGGCUUGAGGAUAGUCGGCCAGCUGGAUGAAGACUGGGAUGACAGGCUGACUUGCUACCUGUUCCCCGAGCGCGCCCUGUCCGUGACUUGCUGCGAACACCUUGUGGCCAUCGGCGUCAGCAACAGUAAUAUCCAUCUUUACAGCGCCAAAACAUUCGAGUUUGUAGCUGCGCUACCGAACGGAAGAAGGCCCGGGUUCCUGGCGUUCGACUCAACCUCAUCCUUUUUGGUCUCGUGCGACCUGGGAAUACUGGAGCUUUGGGAUCCUUGCAGCUACUCUCUGCGGAAACUCAUCGGUUGUCUUGUGGGACUUGAAGCUUCGAAGGAUGAUUGGGGUUAUCGAGCCGGAACAGGAUCCCGAAGACACCACUGGCAGCGGUUCUGCACCAGCACCUGA